AUGUUCAGGGUGGGGCUUUUGUCCAUACAGUCUGAGUCAGGAUGGAGAGACAUGAGGAUGGGGCAUCCCACUCACCCUCUGCACGGCCAGAAGCACUGCUGCGCUGCUGUCAUGGCAACAGCAGCAGUCACCAGCACCAGCCUGGGCCUCAUGCACAGGCCAAGAGGAGUCACUGCCCACAAUGAGCACUGGAUGCAGCAGCCACAACUCCAACUCAACUUCUUCUUACUCAUCAACUUGGACCAAAUGGAUCACACGUCAUCUCUGGUGUUUGUCUCAACUCUCAACAAAUACCCAGAUGCUAUCAUGGGAAGAUAA